AUGUUGAGACAUCUGCUGCAGCGGCCUAAUUGUCUGCUGAGUAGCAGAAAUCGUUUCCAAUUUCUGACAACGUUACUGGUUAGCUUGUUGCCCAUCGCACAUGGCAUUGGCCUGGGCUGGUUGUCGCCAACGCUCCGCAAGCUGCAGUCUCCGGAGCAGACGCCAUUGAGCUUUGCGGUGGACAUUUAUGAAGUCUCUUGGAUCGGUUCGGCAAUAGGUCUGGGCAGCAUACUGGGCACCAUACUCACUGCCAGCUUUCUGGAGCGUUUGGGACACAAAAUCCGCCUCUUACUGGUUGGUCUGCCACAUACGUGCUUCUGGGUGUUGAUCUUCUUUGCGCCCACUGUCGAGUAUCUGUACGCGGCACGCUUCUUGGCCGGCGUUAGUAGUGGGGGCAUGUUUAUUGUUCAUCCGAUUUUCAUCAGCGAAAUCGCAGAUUCUCGCAUACGCGGCUCGCUCUCUGCAAUGGUUAUGCUUUCGAUAAAUCUGGGCAUUCUAUCUGGCUAUAUUAUUGGAACCCAUGUGCCAUAUCAUAUUAUACCCGCCAUUGUAAUAUUCAUUCCACUCACCUAUUUAAUCAGCAGUCUCUUCAUUCCGGAGACGCCGCAAUAUCUCAUAAAGCAGGGAAAAUAUGCAGAGGCUGAGAAAUCGUUUCGAUAUUAUAAAAAUUUGAAAGUUAGCAAAAACUUUAUUGCAAGUGGGAGCUCUGUAAGCGAAUUUGACGAUUUGAAAAUUGCAUUGACCCACAAACAGUCUAGUGAAGAGGAAAAAUUAGCUUUCAAGGAUUUUGUCUCCAGGCCCGCUGUCAAGGCAUAUGGAGUUGCCGUGGUGCUGAUCCUUGCGAAUCAAUUCAGCGGCACCUUUGCUUUCGUCAACUAUAUGUCCAACAUUUUCGCACAGUCGGGCACGAGCAUGGAUCCAGAUACCUGCAGCAUAGUUAUAGGCGUUGUCCAAAUAUGUGGCACAUAUGUGACGACGCUACUCUGCGAUUCUUAUGGCCGCAAAAAACUGAUGCUGGUAUCCUCGGCAGGAGUGGCUCUUUGCCUCACCGCCUUCGGACUCUUCACACACUACUCACAAAUAUACGAUUUAAAUCGAUUUAGUUGGCUGCCCUUGGUGCUCAUGUCUUUGGACAUCUUUCUGGGCAACAUCGGACUAGUGGGCUGUUUCUAUAUGCUGCUGGUCGAGGUGUUUCCAGCAAAGAUACGCAGCAGAGCGACUUCGGCGGCCAUCCUUUUGAGCAGUGGCAUUAUUUUUCUAAUGCUCAACAUUUUCCCAAUAUGCAUGUCCAAAUGGGGCAUAUCGAUAACGAUGUGGUCUUGCGCGAGCUUUACAGCGGCUUCCUUUGUAUUCUUCUGGUACUUUCUAGAAGAAACCAGGGGAAAGUCUAUGUUGGAGAAUUAG